CACGAGGGGAAAGGCGUGUCUAUGUCAGACGCUGAGGACGGGCGAAGCCAUGCCUUGCACUGCGUACAGGGCUUUGCGUGAGCAGGUCAGACGCUGAUGACACAGUUGGCAGGCAACCCACACAUGCGCACAUAGGGGGUACAUGCGCCUGCUUUAGAACCCGGAAGUGCAGCCUUAUGGGUGGCUAAAAGAAUUACACCCUGUCCUUUAAGAGAGAAGCUCUGCCUACCCCAAAUCUCCCCCUUCCUGUGGAGAGGCAGAGUCACUUGCUGAUCCCAGAGCUCAUCAAUUCAGCUAAUCUAGCAAGACAGCUUGCUCCAGAGAUCCUUUGUCCAUCUCUAGCAUGUUGAGAUGAUAGUGUCAGUAAAAGCUUCACUAAGGUACUCCUAAAACUCUUGCCUGGUGACUCAGCUGAUGAGAAGGGGACCUCCAGCCAAUCCAGUUCAGCAUCAUGGCUUCAUCAUGGGUGUCAGAAUGGCAGGCUGGCUACAUGGCGAGUUUGGUGUUGGUGCUUCUGUGGUGCAUGCCCAUUGCAGGUGGGCUAGAAGUGGAUAUGGCAGGAAUGACACAAAUGGUAUUCCUACAUGACAAUGUCACCAUAACCUGCAAAAUCCCUGGUUCCCCACGACUUGACAUUGACACUGUAGGAAUCAUCUGGUUUGUGAAGAAUGAACUGAAUAAAUCUGAGGUCAAGGUAUUUGAGUUUUAUGGAAAUCACGUAGAGUCAUUCCGACCUGGAGCCACAGUGCCACUGUUGGGGCUGGAGUCAGGAGAUGCCUCACUCCAUCUGCCUGAGGUCCAGCUGUGGGAAGCAGGAGAAUACCGAUGCAUGCUGGUAGUCACUCCUGACAAAGCAGAGGGAAAGAUCAUGCUAGAAGUUGUGGCUUACCCAACCAUUAGAUUAUUUGUGAAGCCAUCUACAGUGAGAAAUGAUGAAGAGGAACACAUUAUAUGUGAGCUAGAUGGAUUCUACCCAGAAGCCUUUAGCAUAAAGUGGGGGAAGUAUACCCUGAAGGACUCACAGUUCCAAGAAAUUACUGAGGGCCAUGUCACUGGUCCCACGUUGAAGAAUGAUGAUGGCACAUUCAAUGUUUCCAGCUACUUGACUCUGAAACCAUCUCUGGAAGACCAUGGGACUACCUACCAGUGUGUGGUGCUGCACAGAUCCUUGCUUGUCCCCAAGAAGCUCAAUGUCACACUGUCUGAGGAAGGAGCCAAGGAUGUGCACUUUGCCUUUUUGGCCUUUUUGGUUCUACUGUUUCCUGCAGCUUACGCUCUUUGGAGAUGUGUCCUCUACAAGUAG